UUGCCACUGCUUCAGCUGCAGAUGAUUCUGAUUUUUGCCAUGACCCAACUCGCCCAUUACAUUCUUAAGCGUUAUGGAGUCCCCAAGUUCACCUCACAAUUUAUUGUUGGCUUGGUCCUCAGUCCUUCACUCUUGGGGCGCCUCAAAAUAUUAAAAAAUGUUCUGUUUGAGGUGAACAGUCAGGAAACAAUUGGUAUGUUGGCUUUCUUGGGUUACACACUCUUUUUAUUUGUGAUUGGGGUGAAAAUGGAUAUGGGAAUGAUAAAUAGAACUGGAAGAAAAGCCUUGAUUACUGGUAUUGCAUGCAUAGUAUUGCCUUUGGUAGUUGGCUUGGCAUUCCAAGUGUUCUUUAGAAGAAUUUGGGUAACCGAAGAAGAAGCGUCUAAUCUUCCAUUUGUAACAGCAGUACAUUGUGUAACUCCAUUUCCGGUUGUUGCUAGCCUUCUUGAGGACCUCAAAAUCCUAAAUUCUGAAUUGGGUCGAUUAAGCCUAUCUGCAGCAUUGGUCAGCGACAUGUUUAGCACGUUCCUUACCUCUCUUGCCACAUUGACUAAACUUGCCAAGGAGAAAUCAGUGGUCAGUGGUAUCAUAGGUUCAAUAGCAACCAUUGUUUAUGUUAUUUCAAUGGUGUUUGCAAUUCGACCGGCAAUGUUUUGGGUGAUCAGGCAGACACCAGAAGGCAGGCCCGUUAAAGACGCAUACAUCCAUUUCAUAAUGUUUAUGGUGCUUGUGUCCGGUUUGCUUUCUGAUUAUUAUGGUCAGACUUUUUUCUUUGGACCUUUUAUAUUGGGUUUGGCAGUACCAGAUGGACCCCCAUUAGGAUCUGCUAUUGUCAACAAGUUCAACUGCUUCAUUUCCGAAGUGUUUCUUCCACUCUUUGUAACUACAUGUGCAAUGAGGACAGACCUGACUUUACUCUUUAAAUUCGACAGCUUAAUGACAUUUUACACAUGUCUCAUUAUUGUGACUUUUGUGACCAAACUCGCUGCGUGCAUGGUUCCUCCUUAUUACUCCAAAAUGCCCUUAAGUGAUGCGCUCACAGUCUCUCUUAUUUUGACCAGCAAAGGUGUCGUCCAGCUUGUUAGCUACACCGUCUUCAGAGACAACGAGACCAUGUCAGACCAGACGUUCGCUGUGACGAGUGUUAGCAUCCUAUUGAUAGCAGUAAUUGUGCCAAUCCUUGUUAAGUCCCUCUAUGAUCCUUCAAGGAAAUAUGCAGGUUACCAGGUAAGGGAUAUUCUGCAUUGCAAACGCAAUUCAGAGCUCCGAAUCCUAGUGUGUAUUCAAAGGCCAGAUAAUGUUGCUGCAGUAAUCAAGCUACUUGAAGCGUCAGGUCCAACUAGACAAAGCCCUCUCGGUGUUUAUGCACUUCACCUUAUCGAAUUAAUUGGUCGAGCCUCCCCUAUUUUUAUUUCCCACCAAAUGCAGAAAAAGACUGUGUCCAACAUUUCCUAUUCGGAGAAUGUCACUGUUGCCUUCAAUCGCUUUCAACGAGACAAUGAGAAUGCUGUAUCAGUAAGUGUCUUCACAGCAAUCUCUCCACCCAAGUUCAUGCAUGAAGACAUAUGCACCCUUGCAUUGGACAAACUCACAUCACUCAUAGUACUCCCAUUCCACCGAAAAUGGUCCAUUGAUGGGUCUAUUGAAUCGGAGGACAGUACAGUAAGGACUCUAAAUUGCAGUGUUCUUGAACUAGCCCCCUGCUCAGUUGGGAUCUUAGUUGAUCGUGGCAGUUUAAGCCACUCAACCGUUUCAUCAGAGGCAUCCUACUCUAUUGCUAUGAUCUUCAUAGGAGGAAAUGAUGAUAGAGAGGCAUUGAUGUUUGCCAAGCGCAUGGCCAAUGACCCGAACAUCAGCCUGACUGUAAUUCGCUUUGUUGACUCUGGCGGCAAUGAAGAUGUUAGUAGCUGGGACAAAGUGAUCGACUCUGAGAUAUUGAAGGAUGUGAAGCUUAACAAUGUGGGUGAUGAAUAUGUGAUAUACAUUGAGGAGUUGGUGAAAGAUGGGCCUCAGACAGCAUUGAUAGUUCGGUCUAUGGUGGAUGAGUAUGAUCUUAUUAUUGUUGGUAGAAGGCAUAACAUAGUGUCACCUCAGACAUCAGGGCUUGCAGAAUGGAAUGAAUUCCCAGAGUUGGGGAUCAUUGGCGACUUGCUCGCCUCAUCAGACAUCAAUAGCAGAACUUCUGUUUUUGUGUUACAACAACAAAAACAAAGGAUUGCCACUGGACGAAGAAAUUAA